CCUCAGAACAGCCUCCCAGACAUCGUGAUCUGGAUGCUGCAGGGCGACCGCAGGGUGGCGUACCACCGCAUCCCGGCGCACACCGUCAUCUUCUCGCAGCAGCACUGCGGCAAACACUGCGGACAGCUGCAGACUGUCUUCCUCAAGAACCCGCAGAGCAGCGGCGGAGAGGCCAAACUUCCCGGUCAGCUGAGGGUCAAAGUCUGGUUUGGAUUGGCUGCUGAUGUCAAACACUUCAAUCAGUACGCUGAAGGAAAACUGUCCGUUUUUGCUGAAACGUACGAGAAUCAGACGCGGCUCGCCCUGGUGGGCAGCUGGGGAACGACAGGUCUGACCUACCCAAAGUUCAGCGACGUCACCGGGAGAGUCAAACUGCCCAAAGAGAGCUUCAGACCGUCGCCGGGCUGGAGCUGGGCUGGAGAGUGGUACAUCAGCCCCGAGAAGAC